GGUGAAACACCAUUACAUAUAGCUUGUAUUAAGAAUGAUGUAAGAAGAGUCAAACAGUUACUAACAGUACCUGGUAUUAAUGUGAAUGCUGUAGAUAACUAUGGCUGGUCACCACUACAUGAAGCAUGUAAUCAUGGUCAUAUAGAGUGUGUGGAAUUAUUAUUAAAAUACUGUCCUGCUAAAACUGUUGAUUCCUACUUUAAUGGUAUAACACCGUUACAUGAUGCUGUAAUGACUGGAUGGACUGAUAUCUGUCAGUUAUUACUCAAAUAUGGUGGUAGGUACUGCUUAUCUAUGAGUUACAUUGUUUUGUGUAUCAUGCGGACUGAUAGCAAUGAUUUGCAGGAUUUUAAUAUACACUUAGCCUUCUGUAGUUUUUGA